AUGCGCAUGGGUGGGAAAGGCGGCAAUGAUAAAAGUUACCGGCUGCGGGACACGGGCCGGCGCCCGGGCGGUGUAAAACGACCUGCCGACAGAACUGAAACCGAGAGUCCCUCCGAGGUGGCGGUCGCAGCUACCGCAACGGUUGCCGUGGGGGACGAUGAGACUUUUGACGUAGCCGCCGUCUCCGAGUCCCGUGUGGUCGCGCCGAAUGAGGCCGCCACGAAGGGCGUGCAGCAGGAGGGGAAUAGAUGUGUGCCGGUGCCGCUCUCAGAUCCCAUUUACCGAAUCAUGCACGCGUUGCCGCGGUCAGACGUACUUGAAAUCUUCAAAUGCCGUUUUGGGCGUGAGGAAUGUGAGCGGGCUGCGGCCUAUUUUGAUGGCUCUUAUAUGAAAAACCCGUUGCGUCAGCUUCGCCUGCAACUCGGCUGCGAUCGGGCCACGGGGCUUCACCUCUUCUUUCCCAAGUUGCAUCAUCAUAGGGGUACAUUGCGUCUUAUUGAUUUGUCGCGUAACGACUUGGAUGAGAACGACGUGGCGACGCUGACGCAGCUGCUCGAGCUGCGCGGCGACGACGCCCCGUCAAGUGGUGCGUCGUCGGCUUUGGAGGUGCUGGAUUUAAGCUACAACCGUCGUAUCGGAAACCGUGGGGCGUUGUUUCUUCUUGCUGCCUUACGCCACAAUGAUCGCAUCCGCGCUGUAGUUUUAAAGGGGAUAUCCGUCGACGAUAGCGGCGCCAUUGCUGUGGCGCCGUUUUUACGGCAGCGUCCUCUGCCCCGGAUGCCGGAGGACGACGAGGGUGUCACGUUUCAGGAAACUUCCUCGCGUCGCCUCCCCACCUUCUUUUUGAACCUGAAUGAAAAUCGGAUUGGUGCUGCGGGAACGGUUGCUUUGGGGAAAGGGCUCCCUGCGCACGUCUCCCUUACGAUGUGCAAGCAGCGUCCCUUUUGCAAUAAAAAAGGAUCCUCGAAAUAA